AACGUACGCCUCGAUAUCGGCUUGCGUCUCUUCGACUUCAAGACGACCACAUGCUCAUCAAGACGUCUCGACUGCCACCCGAGUGAUCGUCGCACGAAAAUCUCAAUUCCCGUGGGAUCUUCACGAAAUAUCACGUGACCCAAACAACCACCGAAAGGAGAAGUUCGCUCUCCGACGCUGGCGUUGGCGUCAACAUUGACGUAUCAGGUGACACUGGCGCUAGAAGCAGAAACGGCGAGAAACGCGUGGGCGAGGAACGAACCACAAGUGCGCUCAGUUGCAACGAAUUCAUUCAUCGUGACACUAGCCAAUGGCGGACGACUGGGUGAUGAUUCGUAUAUAUCCGGGUAAUCUCCUACCGGGCAAAGUCUUCACCGCCAUUCAGACACGCCGCUCAACACCAAGCGGCGAGGUCGUACGCCAGGCGCUCAUUAAGCUCGGCAUGCCAGGCAACUCGCGAGAUUUCGAGCUGGUCGAGGUGAGUGCGGUGAGAAAAGACAAAGAACGGAAGCUGACAACAACAGACAUGCCGGGAGUCGUCCAACAGACUUGGUUCGCAAAAGACAACAAUUUGUUCGCUUUGAGGAGAAAAGACGAGUCAGGAUUGAGACCAGAAGACCAGCAGGAGCGUAUCAGUCGUAUCAUGUCGGGUUUUAAUCAUCCCAGUACUCUUAAUGUCGCGGAUUUGUGUACUGCAUCUGAGCUGACUGAGGAAGCAAUGCUCGAGAAUCUGUCGAACCGAUUCCAUUCGGAUGACAUUUAUACGUAUGUUGGGAGCAUUCUUGUCGCUGUCAAUCCAUUUAAGUUGUUGUCAAUAUAUCAACCUAAGUAUGUUGAUAUGUAUCGGCAACAGUCGUUGGGAAAGUUGGCGCCACAUAUUUAUGCUGUCGCCGAUGGCGCGUAUUUUGCUAUGUUGAGAGAGAAGAGGAAUCAGUGUGUGGUUGUGAGUGGGGAGAGCGGGUCGGGGAAGACGGAGAGUACGAAGUACUUGAUGCGGUAUCUUAUGGCGUUGAGUAAUAAGGCGAAAGCGGCGAGUGUUGAGGAGAGGAUUGUCGGGACGAGUGUUAUUUUGGAGGCUUUCGGUAAUGCGAAGACAGUCACCAACAACAACUCUAGUCGAUUUGGGAAAUUCAUAUGUUUAAAGUUUCGAGAGGACGGAGCUUAUGUGUCUGCAUCGAUUGAGAAAUAUCUUUUAGAGAAGUCGAGAAUUAACUUUCAAGCUGAGCAUGAAAGAAACUACCAUGUGUUCUACUACCUACUGGCAGGAGCCGAUGAGGCACUGAGAAAGUCUUUAUGGCUGAAAAAACCCGACUACUAUCACUACCUUAAUCGAAGUCGUUGUUAUCAAAUAGAAGGAGAAGACGAGGUGGCAUUGUUUAACAUGCUGGUGCAGUCUAUGGAGAAGCUAAGAUUUUCAAAUGAAACACAACGAAGUGUGUUUACCAUCCUGGCUGCUCUACUACAUCUUGGCAACGUCACUUUGGUAGAACGAAGUGCCGACAUGACGGGAGUUGAAGUGAAAAAUAUGGCACAACUGAAAGUCGUGUCCGACCUUCUCAAGGUGAGAUUGGAGACUUUGACUGCGGCUUUGACAACGAGGAAGAAUAUGGCUCGUGGUGAAACUGUUAUUAUUCCUUACUCUAAGGAUGAGGCAGUUGGAAAUCGUGAUGCAAUGGCCAAGUCUCUGUACGCAUCUCUUUUCGACUGGAUGGUUGCACAGAUGAACAAAGCAUUAACCGCCAAGCCCGGACGAGCAGUACACACAGGUCGAAGUAUUGGUCUGUUGGACAUUUUUGGGUUUGAGGUGUUUGCUGUGAAUAGUUUUGAACAGUUUUGUAUUAACUAUGCUAACGAACAGUUGCAAUUCUAUUUCAACCAACACGUAUUCAAGUUGGAACAGGAUGAAUACAAUGAGGAAGGCAUACGAUGGAAUGCUGUCGAUUAUGUUGAUAACCUUCAGUGUUUGGAGUUGAUUUCUAAGCGCCCGACUGGUUUGAUGCAUAUUUUGGAUGACGAGUCACGUUUGGCAAGCUCAACGGAUGAGACGCUGCUGCAGAAGUUUGACCUGCAGCAUAAGGAUCAUCCCUGCUUUGCUGUCCCGCAGUUGAAGAAGAACGAUCCCAUGUUUAUGAUUAACCACUAUGCUGGCAGUGUGGACUAUCAUAUAAAGGGUUUCCGUGAGAAAAACAACGACUUAAUUCGACCAGACGUUGUAGCAGUACUGAAGAGCAGCACAAUGCCAUUCUUACGUCAGAUUGUUGAGAGCAGUCGUGCCGUGUUACAGCGGUGGAAGUUGAUACGUCAUUUUGUGCGAGCCUUUUGUAUAUUUAUUCGUGCAGCUAAGAGAGGAAGAGAGAAACGCACAGAAGACGGAGGUCAGCAGAAUGAUGUUGGAAGGAAACUCAUGUCACCAUCCUUGCCUGUACAGAAAUCCCCAUCAUUUGAAAUAACAUUUGCCACUAACUUCUUCGCUGAACCUGAAAGUGUGUAUGGUCGCGCUCUCAGCGUGCAGGACAGGAUCAACAACAUGUCGUUAGAGAUGAAAUCGAUCAAUAAGAAUCGACCGUGCAGCAGCGGGGACGUAGAGGGGAGGGAGAGGUUGUCGUCGGGCUCGGUGCUCCAGAGACGAGCAUCGAAUAAAGGAUCGAAAUACAGGAGAUAUCGGACGCGGUCAAGGCACACGAAGCUUGAGACUUUCAUGGGUUCAGUUGGCUCAUCUUCACCGUUGACUGGGUCUCGCAGUAGUAAUGGCUAUUCAGCUGGGUUUUCGAGAGGCAGCUCACAACGACGGGCGGCGAGCGUGGGAGCUCAGUUUAUGAACUCGUUGAGUUCGUUGAUGGAGACUCUGUCACAAGCGCAGCCAUUCUUUGUACGAUGCAUCAAGUCUAAUGCUUCUCUGACUCCCGGUUUCUUGGACAACAGUAUGGUGCUGAGACAGUUGAGGUACACAGGUAUGUUGGAAACGGUUCGAAUUCGGAAGGCUGGCUAUGGAAUUCGACAGACGUUUGAGGACUUCAGACAGUCAUAUUGGCCUUUGUGUCGCAAAUUCUCAAGCAUCUCGUCGUUCUUGCAAGCAAUGGAACUUGAUCCUCAACACUAUCAAAUCGGAAAGACAAAGGUAUUUCUUCGAGCCAGUCAGCAGACGCUCUUACAAGACAAGCUCGCCAUCCUACUUGAAGAGAAAAUCCGUUUCCUGCAACAUUGGGCAAGAGGCCGACUCCAGCGCAUCGAAUAUUGUCGCAUUCGACAGGCCAUCAUCACCAUCCAGAGUUGGCAUAGAGGAAAUCAGGCGCGCAAGAGGUACUACUGUCUAAGAGAACGAUCCGCUGCUGCUGUGUGCAUUCAGGCCACAUGGAAAGGCUAUUCUAUCCACCAACGUUUUAGACGUUCAGUCGGCGCCGUGAAGACAAUGCAGAGAGUGUGUCGAGGGUUUCUAGCGAGAAGAAGAUCUGAUAGACUGAGAGAAGAGAGGAGAAUUCGGAUGGAGGAAGAAGUAAAACGACGGAAGGAAGAGGAACGUGAUAGGGAAGAUAAGGUGAAGGAGGCGGUAACGUUUGAGGAGAUUGAGAGAGUAGAAGCGGAAGUUCUUAAGUUUAUUGAUAAUAUGCCACUGACCAGACGACGAGCAGUCUCAGUCCCGGACAAACAGUUGGAGAUGAAGGAGGGAGCAGCGAGUGCGGGGAGAAAACUGAGUCAUGCAAGUACAGCGGAAAAUACACGGAGGACAACUGUGACAGGCUCAGGAACACGGGUUGGUCGACUGGCGCUUGCUUAUGAACAUGGCCUAGUGGGUGGUAUGAGUCAGAAACCGGGUAAACCUCCUGAUCUUGAGACUGUGACAGGGAGACAGGUGGGAAGACAGAGGUCACCCUUGUUGAUGCAUAGAGAAAUGUUUGAGAAGGGGCGUUCGAAAUCACUUGAUGCAACAGGUGAGAACACAUCGAGAUCGCUGACUACUAGUCCUGUGCCUUCGUGUGGGAGUCCGACUAUUAGACAACGGAUGGAAUCUUUACAAACGAAGGAGAAGACGAUUGAACAAUUGGAUGAAGACAACAAACGAAAAGAAUCGAGAUUGGCCGAUCUGGCUGGAACACCGACAGUAAAAGUGAGGACUGAGACUGUGUCCAAGUCGAUCAAGAAAACAAUUAAAACCAACGUGAAGCUUCCUCUCAGAGACCGGUCUAUAUCAGAGGGCCAUAAAGGUCCAGUAAAACAUCAGAAACGAUUUAAGAAAGAAUUGAAAUCGCCAACAGCAAAAAUGAUUCAAGGUGUGAUUGGUGCUGUUGUCAGAUCGAGAUCGAGUGAUGCCGUGAAGAUACCUAAAGUGAUAUCUAGCCAGUCUGAUGUCGUUCGACCAACAAAUGCUCACUUUUUGAAAGCCGUCACGUUCAAACGUCUCACCAAUUGUAGCGUCUGUCACAAAGGUAUCACCGGCUUCUUCAAACAAGGAAUCAAGUGUUCGGCUUGUCAACUGUGUUUUCAUCGACAUUGUAUUGCCAAUGCAAAUCAGUGCUGUGGACCUCCUCAACGGACAGUCGUCAACGUGUCGUCUCAUCAUGUCGUCAGCAGUCCAUCCCAACUGCUCGAUCUCGAUCGAUUUCUCGCAGACAAAAUUGCUGCUUAUCACGAUGAAACGGAAACGAGUGGCAAACGAGACAACAUCGUGGAUGUCGUGUUUAAGUCGGCUCUUCGUGAAUUUCACAGCCAUCUUGUGACUGCAUACGCACAGGCAACGGCCGAGAGCAGUGGUCCAUUCGAGCCAUUAACGAGUGAUCACUUGGUGAAUAUGUUUUCUGAUGUGUUGACCAAGGUGUUGAAUGUGAAGCAGAUUGGAGCCGAUUUUCCUGUCGCGAUGGGGCUGAAUGCGUUUAAGCCUCUUAUCGAUGAGUUUGUCAACUCGAGGCGAGUUAUGAAGGAAUCGAUCGAAGAUGCUCAGCGGAAAAAGGGGAGCAAGCGACAACGUAAACGCCAACGCAAAGACAAGGACUUAGUUGAGUAUAACAAGCAUCGCUUUCAUGGCGAAUGUUGCAGUACACCGACUGUGUGUGAAGUGUGCUGUAAGUUGCUCGAAGUGCUACAGACCGGUCAAGUCUGUGAAUUUUGCAAAUUAACAUGUCAUGGCGACUGCGUCAAAAAGACGAAGAAAUGCCUAGGACACUCCAAGGACGCUGGCUGGGGCUCACUGGGAGCAAAAGGCAACCAGCAGCAAUUUGGUGUGGCUCUCGUACAGCUUGCUGAACGUAGUCGGACAAAACUACCGAUCGUAUUCGAUUUAUGCAUCAAUAACUUAGAAGUUAGAGGUCUGUUUACUGAGGGAUUGUAUCGUAAAUCGGCGUCGGCUGUGCAAGUGAGACGCUUACACAAAGCUCUCAACCAAGAUCCUCGAUCUGUAAAGCUCGAUGAAUUUAGCGUUCACACUGUUGCUGCCGUCGUCAAGCAGUUCCUGCGUGAUCUUCCCGAGCCACUUCUCACGUUUGCGUUGUACAGCGAGUUUGUGCAAGCGACAGAGAUUGCGAACAAGCACGCACGAUACAACGCCUUAUUUGAACUCACAGAGAGAUUACCGAAGUCACAUCAGGACGUCUUGGAAAGAAUAGUGUAUCAUUUGGCAAGAGUAGCUCAACAAGAGCAAUCCAACAAAAUGUCUGUCUACAAUCUUGCUCUCAUCUUCGCUCCAUGCGUCAUGCUCCCACCGAAAGACACCGCCCCUCUAGAAGCACUCACCGAUCUCCAAAAACAACGCAGUUGUGUGGAAUGUCUCAUCGAUGGACAGAAAUCGAAAAUUAAAACGACGUUGUCUGAUCUCAGUGUGCUGGACGCGGAAGCGUAUACAAAAUCAAAAUACCUCAGCGUUCUUUCUGUGAAAAAGGCUCGAUCAUCAAUUCACUUACAGUCACCGUCAGAGAGGUCAUCUACAUGUUCUGAGGAUUUGGUCGACAAUGCGCUCAGUGUUGUUGAUUAUCUUCGCGAGCUGGACUCGGAAGAGCAGAAGAUAAAGGCAGAACUGGCAGAGCUGGAGAAGGAACGGACGGAGUUGACUGAAUUGAUGCCGACCUUGCAGCCACGACGACGGGAGUCGGUCGAGGAGACGGACGAAGAACUUAGUGAUACGGAACAGACGAAAGACGGUAUGUCAUCUGGUGACGAGCUGGAAGGAUCGGAGGAUGAAUCACAGUAUGCACUAACGUUUGAUCUGCCCGCUGCUCCUUCUAAACUACAACACAAGAACAGAUGCAGAGUCAAGCUUGCCAAGCGACGAGCACCGUCCCGUAUGUUUAGAAAACAGAUGAAGAAUGCUAAGAGUACGGACAACUUGUUGCGUUGGAAGGAAACACCCGAGACAUCCAACUGCAUGUACAAAGUGUGAGCCUGAUUAUGGGUUGCAUUAUAAGUUAGUUUGUUCAUCUAACUUUAUAUGAGAGAUAGUAUGCUAAAUUGUAUGUGAAAUGAGUUUAAAUUAAUGAAUUGAGAUUUGCGAAUUAAGUCAAAGUUUGAUUUUUUGGGUUUGA